AUGCUCUUUCGCUCGGUGGCUCAGAGCUUCUCAGCUCCCUCCUCUUUUCUCCUCAGAUCUGCCCCAUCUGGUCGGAGAACCUUGACUUCGACACGGCCCCGGUUCGAUGCUUCCAAAGGAUCAAGUGCUUACAGAGAAGGGCUCGCUCAAUACAAGACCUUUGCGAGUCCCUUCGCCAAAGUAUUCUUAGGGGCCAUUUUCACCUACCAGGUUAUUUACUGGACUUGGUUGAAGCUUGAGAUGGAUGAAUCCAAGUUUGAGAAAAAUCAAGAGGUCGCGGCUCUCGAGAAGAAGGCUAGGGAAUUAACGAACGCGCAAAAGUGA